CGGGCGCCGAGCGGGAGCCGCGCGGGAGCAGCGCAGCGGCGGCGGCGGCGGCGGUUGCGGUUCGGAGCCGUUGGGACGCCUCUGCGGCAGCUGGUGGCGCAGGUGUCCUGCGUGGACGCGGGCAGAGGCGGCCGGCCCGCCACCGCAGCCUCCGCGCCCGCGGCAGGCGCGUCGGGCCGCCCCCAGGCAUCCUCCUCUUCCUGCGGCCGGCCGGGCAGCCUGCACUCCGACUCCCGCCGCAUCCCCGGGCCGCCUCCUCGCUCAUCUCCGUCCUCCUGCUGAGCUUGGGACCCCUCCCCGACCUCAUCCCCGAAACAUGACUCGCGAUUUCAAACCUGGAGACCUCAUCUUCGCCAAGAUGAAAGGCUACCCUCAUUGGCCAGCGCGGGUAGAUGAAGUUCCUGAUGGAGCUGUAAAGCCACCCACAAACAAGUUACCCAUUUUCUUUUUUGGAACUCAUGAGACUGCUUUUUUAGGACCAAAGGAUAUUUUUCCAUACUCGGAGAAUAAGGAAAAGUAUGGCAAACCAAACAAACGAAAAGGUUUUAAUGAAGGUUUAUGGGAGAUAGAUAACAAUCCUAAAGUGAAAUUUUCAAGUCAACAGGCAUCGGCUAAACAGUCAAAUGCCUCAUCUGAUGUUGAAGCUGAAGAAAAAGAAACCAGUGUUUCAAAGGAAGAUACUGAUCAUGAGGAAAAAGCCAGUAAUGAGGAUGUGACAAAAGGGACUGACAUGAGCACUCCCAAAGCUGCUAGGAGAGGGAGAAAGAGAAAGGCAGAAAAACCAGUAGAAACCGAGGAGGCAGGAGUAGUUUCAACAGCCACAGCAGCAUCUGGAAAUGUAAAAGUGAGUCCCAAAAGAGGACGACCUGCAGCUGCAGAAGUCAAGAUUCCAAAGCCAAGAGGCAGACCUAAAAUGGUGAAACAGCCCUGCCCAUCAGAGGCUGACAUGAUUCUUGAGGAAGACAAAAAUAAGAAAAAGGGGCAAGAAGAAAAGCCACCUAAAAAGCAGCUUAAAAAGGAAGAGGAGGGCCAGAAGGAAGAGGAUAAGCCACGAAAAGAACCAGACAAAAAAGAGGGGAAGAAAGAAGUUGAAUCAAAAAGGAAAAAUGUAGCUAAACCAGUGGUCACGUUCACCUUUGAUUCUGAAGAAGAAGGAGAUGAUCAAGAAGGGGAAAAGAAGAGAAAAGGUGGAAGAAACUUUCAGACUGCACACAGAAGGAAUAUGCUCAAAGGCCAGCAUGAGAAGGAAGCAGAUCGAAAACGCAAGCAGGAGGAACAAAUGGAAACUGAGCAGCAGAAUAAAGAUGAAGGAAAGAAGCCAGAAGUUAAGAAAGUGGAGAAGAAGCGAGAAACAUCAAUGGAUUCUCGGCUUCAAAGGAUACAUGCUGAAAUUAAAAAUUCACUCAAAAUUGAUAAUCUUGAUGUGAACAGAUGCAUUGAGGCCUUGGAUGAACUGGCUUCACUUCAGGUCACAAUGCAACAAGCCCAGAAACACACAGAGAUGAUUACAACGCUGAAAAAAAUACGGCGAUUCAAAGUUAGCCAAGUUAUCAUGGAAAAGUCUACAAUGCUGUAUAACAAGUUUAAAAACAUGUUUUUGGUUGGUGAAGGGGAUUCUGUGAUCACACAAGUGCUGAAUAAGUCUCUUGCUGAACAAAGACAGCACGAGGAAGCAAACAAAACCAAAGACCAAGGAAAGAAAGGGACAAACAAAAAGCUAGAAAAGGAACAAACAGGCUCAAAGACUGUGAAUGGAGGGGCUGAUGCACAAGAGAGCACUCAGCCGCAGCACAACGGAGAAAGCACCGAGGAAAACAAGGACGGCCACGAGGCCAGCAGCAAGAAAAAGCCCUCCAGUGACGAGAGGGAGACGGAAAUACCUCUGACAGAGUCUAUGCUUGACAACUAGGUGGACAUGGAAGUUAAAUAGUUGAGAAGAUUGUAUUGGCUUUCAUUGGAAACAUUUAGAUGGCCCAAAGUUUUAAAUUUUUAUAAGCAUAGGUUUUGAUGUUUUAAAACUUGUCUUGAGGGAGAAAAUUCCUUUAUCUCUGUUUAUAAGUAAUGAAACUUCUCACUAAUCGUUCUUGUGCAGUAUUAACAGCUACAUUAUACCGUAAAUGUGGGGGAAUCCAUUUAGGAAAUGUUAAAACUGCCUUUCCAGACAUGGUUGUAGCAUAUUUUCAAUUAUUGUGUGUUUAUGUGAAUUGGUAGAACAAAGUUACAUUUUUAAAAAUGCUACUUGUAUAAACCUUUCCUCUAAAU